CAUAACUCUCUUUCAAAGCUGUCCCUUUGGCCCUCUGGAAGUAUUUAAACUUACUUUGUAACUAGAAACACUUUAGUCGGGGAGUGUGAUACAUGUAAAAUUUAUGGCUGACUGACAGAAUUUCGAAGGAGUACAAGUAGCGAGGACCAGGAUGAGCAGCAUUACCAGGACACGGAUUUGGAUGUGCCGGAGCAGCGGGAUGGCAGGUGCAAAGUCAAGUGGACACCAGAAGAGGAUGAGCAACUGAAGAUGUUAGUGAGCCAUUAUGGGCAGAAUGACUGGAAGUUCCUGGCCAGCCACUUUCCUAACCGCAGUGACCAGCAGUGUCAGUACCGCUGGCUCAGGGUGUUGAAUCCAGACCUGGUUAAGGGCCCGUGGACCAAAGAGGAGGAUCAAAAGGUGAUUGAACUGGUUAAAAAAUAUGGCACCAAGCAGUGGACCCUGAUAGCCAAGCACCUGAAGGGAAGGUUGGGGAAGCAGUGCCGGGAGCGCUGGCACAACCACCUGAACCCUGAGGUGAAGAAGUCCUCGUGGACAGAGGAGGAGGAUCGCAUCAUCUUUGAGGCCCACAAGGUCCUGGGGAACCGUUGGGCAGAGAUUGCCAAGCUGCUGCCUGGGAGGACUGAUAAUGCUGUAAAGAAUCACUGGAACUCCACCAUCAAGAGGAAGGUGGACACAGGAGGUUUCCUCAAUGAAACCAAGGAAUCCAAGUCUCUGUACCUCCUUGUGGAGGUGGAUAACAAGGAGAAGCAAAGUCAGACAACAGCUGAGAGCCAGAAUGUCCUGCUAAACUGGCCGGUGGAUGUCUCUGAAAUAAAGGAAGAAGAUGUCAGUGAUGAGGAAGUGACAGGUGUGCAGGAGCUGCCCUUGGAGCUUCCAGCUGCAGAAGUGGCAGAGCAGAACGUGGAAGGGACUCCAGAUGAUGCAGUGCCCGAGGAUGGCACUUCAUUGGUGGAAUCACCAUACAAAUGGGUUGUUGAAGCUGCCAACUAUUUGUACCCAUCUUGUGCCCCAGCACUCAGUGAAGCUCUGGACAUGAUUGAAUCUGACCCAGAUGGGUGGUGUGACCUGACCCAGUUUGACCUGCCUGAGGAGCCCUUGGCUGGCAGCAGCAGCAGUGGCAGCGCCAGCCCGGCCAGACCAGCACCCAGUGAGGCAGCCCCGGCACUGCCCAGUGUCACCGAGUACCGCCUGGAUGGCCACACCAUCUCUGACCUGAGCAGGAGCAGCAAGGGAGAGCUCAUCCCCAUCUCCCCCCACGCUGAGGGCAGCUUUGGCACCCCGCCCUCGGUGCUGAAGAGGCAGAAGAAGAGGAAGAUCUCCCUCUCACCCGUCACAGAGAACGUCACCAGCACCAGCAUGUCCUUCCUGGACUCCUGCAACAGCAUGACACCCAAGGGCACCCCUGUAAAGACACUGCCCUUCUCUCCAUCUCAGUUCUUGAACUUCUGGAGCAAACAGGAUACACUAGAACUGGAGAACCCCUCCCUGACCUCCACGCCUGUGUGCAGCCAGAAGGUGAUUGUCACCACCCCACUGCACAGGGACAAGACCCCUCUGCUCCAGAAGAACUUAGCGUUUGUCACACCAGAUCAGACCUAUGUGGUGGACAACACACCUCACACUCCCACACCUUUCAAAAAUGCCCUGGAGAAAUAUGGACCAAUUAGACCUCUGCCCCAGACCCCUCACCUGGAAGAAGACUUGAAGGAGGUGCUCCGAAGUGAAGCUGGCAUUGAACUCAUCAUCGAGGAUGAUGUGAAGCCUGAGAAACAGAAGAGAAAACAAGGGCUGCGCAGGAGCCCCAUCAAGAAGGUCCGAAAAUCUCUGGCCCUGGACAUUGUGGAUGAAGACAUGACACAAAACCUGCCUGCCCUCCCCAAGACUGUGUGUUUCAAAAGAGCCCAGCCUGUGAAUUUCCUGUCAAGGUCCCUGAACCUGUCCUCCUCGAGCAGGAAGAAUGACAGUGGUUUGCUCAACAGAGCCUUUGUGCAAGUGCAGCCAGAGAAAAUGUCCUACAGGAAAAUGCCAAGCCAUUUCCGACCACCAGAACCGGGCAGAGCAACUCUGAAGAGCUGUAUAAAGGUUAAACAGGAAGAUGACCAGGGCUUGGAAAGCAGUGGCCUGUGGUGGAACUCGAGACCAACUCUUCAUGCAGGAGAAAGCUCGACAGUUUCUGGGCACAUUGAAACAGAGUCACACAUCAAGGACCUUAAUCUUAUCAUGAAGGAUUGUUCUGCUUUCUAAUCUUAUUUUUUAAACCUUUUUAAUAAGUGGAGGGGGAACCACAGGAAAAAAUAUCUUCUGCCAGGCCUUAGUAUAUGGGAGUGGAUUUUUUUCCCUUCAGUUCCCAGGUAGAUCUACAUUGUAAUAAAUGGGGCUAACUGCUGGCUAGUGUGUGGAAUGCAAGCUUUGGGAUCAUUAUGGAAAGGCAAACAAGGGAGGCUUGGAGAGCUGACUGCAAGACCUCUCUCUGCAAGACCUGAGUUCUGGAGAAGUGGAAGCAGCAGCUGUGUUGCACCUUGGAGCAGCAGGUGCUGGAGACUGACCUCCCAGCAUCCCUGGAUUCCUGCUGCUGCUCUGGUACCUCAGCAAUGACUUUGUGAAGGUUCCUGCAUGCCUUGAGUGUCCCUCCUGGCUUUCCCCAGGGGAUGGAGUGUCCCCUGGGCUGGAGAAGGAGGAGGGAGGCUGUGGUGCUAUGGGGUGAGCUGUGCCUGGAGCCCCUUGCUCCCUGUGGGGCUGCUUUGUGCUGCCAUGGCUCCAGCAGGGGACUCUCCCCACGACUGUGCUCCCUCUUCCAAUAAAUGAUGGUGCUCACA